AUGAAGGGCUACGCUAUCGCGACAGCCAUCACUUUGGGCGCCUCCACCGCUUUGGCUGCUCCGAACCUCAAGGCCCGUGACGAUGUGACUCCCAUCACCGUCAAGGGUAAUGCCUUCUUCAAGGGUGACGACCGUUUCUACAUCCGUGGUGUCGACUACCAACCCGGUGGCUCGUCCAAACUGGCCGAUCCCAUUGCCGAUGCCGAAGGCUGCAAGCGCGACAUCGCCAAGUUCACCGAGCUCGGCUUGAACACUAUCCGUGUUUACUCCGUCGACAACUCCGCGGAUCACGACGAGUGCAUGAACGCUCUGGCAGAUGCUGGCAUCUACCUGGUUCUCGACGUCAACACCCCCAAGUACUCUCUCAACCGUGCCGACCCGAAGCCCUCCUACAACGAUGUCUAUCUCCAGUACAUCUUCGCCACAGUCGACAAGUUCGCCAAUUACAAGAACACCCUCGCCUUCUUCUCUGGAAACGAGGUCAUCAACGACGGUCCCUCGUCGAGUGCUGCUCCCUAUGUCAAGGCCGUCACGCGUGAUCUCCGCCAGUACAUCCGCAGCCGCAAGUAUCGUGAGAUCCCUGUCGGAUACUCUGCUGCCGAUAUCGACACGAACCGUCUCCAGAUGGCUCAGUACAUGAACUGCGGUACCGACGAUGAGCGUAGCGACUUCUUCGCCUUCAACGACUACUCUUGGUGCGACCCGUCUUCCUUCACCACCUCCGGCUGGGACCAGAAGGUCAAGAACUUCACUGGAUACGGUCUUCCUCUCUUCCUGUCCGAGUACGGCUGCAACACCAACACCCGCAAGUUCGAGGAGGUCAGCUCCUUGUACAGCACCGACAUGACUGGCGUCUAUUCCGGUGGUCUCGUCUACGAGUACUCGGAGGAGCCCAGCAACUACGGUCUCGUCCAGAUCAAGGACGGCAAGGUCAGCACUUUGGAUGACUACGAUGCUCUCAAGUCUGCUCUGGCCAAGACCAAGAGCCCCACUGGCGACGGUGGCUACAACAAGACUGGAGGUGCCAACCCGUGCCCUGCGAAGGAUUCUCCCAACUGGGAUGUUGAGAACGACUCGCUUCCUGCUAUCCCCGAGCCCGCCAAGAAGUACAUGACCGAGGGUGCUGGCAAGGGUGUUGGAUUCUCUGGCUCUGGUAGCAUGAACGCUGGAACUGCCUCUACCAGCACCGCCACGCCUGGAUCUGGCUCUGCCUCCUCGAGCAGUGGCUCUAGCUCUUCCGGCAGCGGGACUUCGACCAGCUCUCCAGGCGCUGCUGCUGGCCUGCACGUGCCCCACCUGACCAUGACCCCUGUUCUUGUGGGCCUGGUCACCGUCAUGUCGACCUUGUUUGGAGCUGGCAUGGUUCUUGUUUAA